AUGCAACGAAGGCAGGGAAGAGUCAAUGCUGGACUGCUUUUGCUGCUUUACCAGAUUUCUCAAGUUGGACUUCAGAACAUUCCUUCUGUUACCCUCGCAGUGCUCGUACUGAGUUUUUUCUUCCUGAAUCCCGUGAGGCCGCUGCAUGAGGCGUGUAUCAGUGUGAGGGAAGCUUUCUACAGACAGAACUGGCAGCGUUUACUGCUUUCGCCUGUCCACCAUGUUGAUGACUGGCAUUUAUAUUAUAACAUGAUUUCCAUGCUUUGGAAGGGAAUAAUGUUGGAAAGGAGAGUUGGGAGCGUGUGGUUUGCGUACAUAAUUGCAGUAUUUUCAGUGCUGACUGGAAUUGUCUAUGUGCUGCUGGAACUCAUGCUUGUGAAGAUUCUGAACGAUCCUUCGUAUGAAAUGAGUUGUGCUGUAGGCUUCUCGGGAGUCUUGUUUGCUUUGAAAGUUCUUAACAACCAUUACAACCCAGGAAGAGUUAGCAGUGUCCUUGGAUUGCAGAUAUCCAGCAAGUAUGCUUGUUGGGUGGAGCUGGUGGCAAUUCAUUUCAUUUCUCCAGGGACUUCUUUUGCUGGCCAUCUGGCAGGGAUUCUUGUUGGAUUGAUGUACACAAUGGGUCCUCUGAAAAAGAUCAUGAAAGCCUGUGCAGGUGGCUUUUCUUCAUUCACAGACUCUGGUAGGCCAAGGAACUACUACUCAGGUUAUUCAGAGUAUUACAGAUAUCCAGAUGAUCAAUACAGAACACCAAGGAACUAUCAUGACUAUACAGGCGGGCUCACUGAAGAAGAACAGCUCGAAAGGGCAGUGCUAAACAGUCUGAAUGAAAGAAGUUUUGGUGGAGCAACAUACACUAAUGAGCAGCGACCCUACGGUUUUUGGUUCCCCCCUGAGCAGCAUUCAGAAGAGGAAAUGCGAAGGCAGAGGCUUCGCAGGUUUUGGAGACAAUGACAGUGGUAGGCGUUGAUGCAAACUGUAAAGCGAUAUUCAGAAUUAACAACGUAUUUGCAAAUUUAUUUAUUUGGAUUUCUUCAUUUUCUUUUUUUUUUUACUACUAUUUGCAAAACUGCAGAAGAUUUUGUGAGCUUAAGCUCAAAAAUUGGAUAAAAAUGAGUUGGGAAUCAAAAUGUGAUCUUUGUCAUUCCAUUUUGAUGCAUCUUAAAGAUGAAAGAGAACUGUUUUUUACCAAACUUUUUUUCUCCGAAGUUCUGUGUAGCCUGGCUCUUCGACUGCUGGUAUUCUCGGACAACAGGUUUUCUUCAUCCAUCACAGGAAAAAAAAAAA